UUAGGAGUUGCGGACCCACGAGCUAGUGGGACACUGGUGUGUUUUGACACUUUUUACGUGGGGCUGGGGACCUGCUGGACCAUGGCAGCCAGAGAGGACCUCUACAGUCAAAUCCUUCCUCGGAGACUCCGACACAAGCGGUCGGGCUCUGUGAAAUGCGGCUCCAACUUGGAUAUGCUGCUGUCUAUGGGCUUCCCGAGACCGAGGGCGUUAAAAGCUCUGGCAUCGACUGGAGGUCGGAAUGUUCAAGCAGCUUGCGACUGGCUGUUCUCCCGUGUGGACGACCCAUUCCUUGAUGAUCCGUGGCCCAGGGAGUUUGUUCUCUACCUGCGACCCAGUGGACCGCUCCAGAACCAGCUCUCUCACUUUUGGCAACAGAGUCGGGACAAAUGUGGCAAAAACAAAGCCCACAACAUUUUCCCUCACAUCACUCUGUGCCAGUUCUUCAUGUGUGCAGACCACAAGAUUGAGGCUCUAUGUGAGGUUCUCCAGACUACCGUACAGCAGUGGCGAGGUCGAUUUCCCAGCCUACUGCCCCUCGAACUGUACACAUCCUCCAACUUUAUUGGUCUUUUUGUGGAGGAGCAUGUGGCUGAUCUGCUCAAGCAGUUUGCGGCCGACUUCGGCACAGAGGCCGCCAGGAAAGCUGAGGUCCACGUGGAGCCUCAUAAGAAACAGCUCCAUGUCACACUGGCCUACAACUUCGCCUCCGAUCACCUCGCUUCACUGGAAAAACUGGCGAAGGGCAUUGAAGUCAAGCUGGGUUGUGAUUGGCUGGCAGUCCUCUUCUCCCGGGACAUUCGUUUUGCAAACCACGAGACUCUACGAGUGAUGUACCCCUACAUUCCACAAAAUGAAGAUGAGUUGGAGUUGGUCAUGGGAGAUUUUGUCUUCAUGUCUCCAUCUGGCCAGAGUAAUGCCACAGAGGGUUGGGUGUACGGGACCUCCCUCGCCAGCGGGCUAUCAGGCUUGCUGCCCGAAAAUUAUGUGGGCUUAGCUGACGAGUCCGACACCUGGGUCUUCCACGGCUCCCAUUCAUUCUUCAGCUGUGGCCUGUCUGAUAGGUCCAGCAGGGAGAGGGGGAUGUUUGAUGGACCGGUGGACAGUCGACACCCUGAUACCAGUCCUGGAGACACGCCAGCCGUCAGUCUUAUUUGUCAUCCAGUGCAGCAGGUCCUGCGGAUUAGCGGUAAUCACACUCGGCAGCCUAAGCGGUUAUUUUUUGUUUGUCGACACGGUGAGAGGAUGGACGUGGUGUUUGGAAGACACUGGCUCUCCCUCUGCUCAGACAGUAAAGGUCAAUAUGUCCGUUCCAAUCUGAAUAUGCCUCUUACUUUGCCACUGUGGGGAGGACAAAGGGAUUAUGACAUGGACGCACCCGUCACUGUGUUUGGAUGCAUGCAGGCACGGUUAGUGGGUGAGGCCCUUUCAGAAGGCAACACCGUGAUAGAUUUUGUGUACUGCUCUCCAGCUCUGCGAUGUGUUCAGACUGCACAGAGCAUCCUGAAAGGUAUGCAGCAGGAGAGCAAGCUAAAAAUACGUGUGGAACCGGGGCUUUUUGAAUGGACCAAGUGGGUUUCCGGGAGCUCCCUGCCAGCAUGGAUACCUCCUGCUGACCUGGCCGCAACCCAUUUCAGUGUGGACACGACAUACAGACCGCUGAUCCCCAUCAGCAAGCUUACUGUGUCUGAAUCGUAUGAGAGCUACAUGAGUCGAAGCCACCAAGUGACCAAAGAGAUCCUAUCAGACUGCAAAAACUCUGGAAACAAUGUGCUGAUUGUAGCCCACGCCUCUUCCUUAGAGGCCUGCACACGCCAGCUGCAGGGUUUCGUCCCACGGAGCGCCAAAGACUUCAUCCAAGUAGUUCGAAAGAUCCCUUACCUGGGCCUCUGUUCCUGCGAGGAGCAGGGCGACUCGGGGCAGUGGCAGAUGGUCGACCCACCCAUCCUCCCACUCACACAUGGACCAAACCACAUCUUUGACUGGAGGGAGACACUUUUGCAUGUAUAGCAUCCGUUGGAUAUGAAUCCCACCAAGUGCCUCCAAAUACUGGUACUGUCCACAUGAGUGGCAUGUCGGCUUCACGAAUGGCUCAGCAACUGCUGGGGAUGUCGUUUUGAAGAAUAAGGGAUAUGUUCAUCUGGGCAACGGGGUGUUAGCUACACUAUACAGGAGAAAUUUCACUGAAAUACAGCUGGAUCAAACUAUUUAUAUAUUUUAUGGAUUUUCAUCAUGAAGCUCAGGAAGUUUCAGUGGAAUUUCCAAAGUUGAACAUAAUCCAUUCUAAGAUGGUGGUUGACUCCCAAGAUUUUAGAAUCAGAAUCAUCUUUAUUUGCCAAGUAUGUCAAAAAACACACAAGGGUUGGAGCCGCUCGAGUACGACAACGGACGGCCAAUUUGACAAAAAUACUUUUUGAGACAUAGAAACGUAAAAACACACUGCGGAGAGUCAUUGAGCAAUGAGAGGUUGCCGGUGAUGUGGUCAUGCUUUACUUGUAUGUAAUGUAAAUAUAUUUCUUUAAUUUAUUGAUAGUUCAUUGUAUUGCUCAUAUUAAGAGUGAGGCAGACAGAACCUUCCCUAUGUUCACGGUUGGCAACAUUCCCGGUGAUCAUGACACGCUUCCUCUUUUCCACGACUGGUAAAUUCUGCGGCGGCAUCCCAAAAAAAAAGCAAAAAAAAAAACAGCUCAGCAAAUAGUAUAGUAACUGUAGGAAUAAAACUCACAAGAGUUGCUGAAAUCUUGUAUAACAUCACACAUGAUGAUGCUUUGGACUUUGGAGGUUCCACUGUAUGUUACAGCAACACACUUUGCAUCAGUUGUAAUGCUGCCGCACACUGCGCGAUGUAGUCGAACCCGACUGGCGCGGCUCGCUAAACUGGGAAAUGUUUAUGUGCGUUUUGAUUGGCUAUAAGCUGCGACGUUUUGACGGCGAUUCGAAUUUUGAAUGGCGGCAAAACCAGUGGCAGACUGAUCGGCCACUCGUGAACCAAACCACGCACAACCGCACGCCACUUGAGUCGGGUUCGGCAGCGGCGCUCUUUGCGCGGCAGCCUUUAGAUGCCAUGAUUGUGCAAGUGACGAGUCACUGCGCUUAAAGAAACCACGACAUCUGUCGGCCAAUCAGAUGACAGUGACGUCACGGCCCUCCUCGCCCUGCGUUUUAGAAGCAGCUCGGAAGAGGUUCUGAGGAACGGUGCCACUGUCACCGCCCGACCUCGAAAAAGUGUAAUAUGAAAAGCGAACCAGACAGGGCGGAACCAGGCUGGUUGGGGUUAAAACCGGUGCAAUGGAAAAGGGGCAUCUGUUAACGAUUGUUUUCACGUUCUCCUGUAUUGUUGUUUUGUGUUUCCAAUUGGACGCGCGACCGAUUAAUCGGCCGGCCAUUACUUUUUCACAAAUGGCCA